UUGCAUUCCCCUGUGGCAGGGUAUCGCUCCACUAAGGACUCGGAGGAGCCACUCCUGAUUUGGGAAGCCCCACGUGCCGAGGCCUGACCGCUGCUCAGCUGAUUCGUCCCAUCAGCCUGGCUUGGUGAAUCGGAGUCACAGGAGAGAUUUCCAGGUUUGCUGGGAUGGGAAACCUGCUCAAAGUCCUUACCAGGGAAAUUGAAAACUAUCCCCAUUUUUUCCUGGAUUUUGAAAAUGCCCAGCCCACAGAAGGAGAGAGGGAAAUAUGGAACCAGAUCAGUGCUGUCCUCCAGGAUUCCGAGAGCAUCCUCGCAGACCUGCAGGCUUACAAAGGCGCAGGGCCGGAGAUCCGAGACGCAAUUCAAAACCCCAACGACAUUCAGCUUCAAGAAAAAGCUUGGAACGCAGUGUGUCCUCUGGUUGUGAGACUAAAGAGAUUUUAUGAGUUUUCCAUACGCCUAGAAAAAGCUCUUCAGAGUUUAUUGGAAUCCCUGACUUGUCCGCCCUACACACCAACCCAGCACCUGGAACGGGAACAGGCCCUGGCAAAGGAGUUUGCAGAAAUUUUACAUUUUACCCUUCGAUUUGAUGAGCUGAAGAUGAGAAACCCAGCCAUUCAGAAUGACUUUAGCUACUACAGAAGGACAAUAAGUCGCAACCGCAUCAACAACAUGCAUCUAGACAUUGAGAAUGAAGUUAAUAACGAGAUGGCCAAUCGAAUGUCCCUCUUCUAUGCAGAAGCUACCCCAAUGCUGAAAACCCUUAGCAAUGCCACAAUGCACUUUGUCUCCGAAAACAAAACCCUGCCAAUAGAGAACACCACAGACUGCCUCAGCACUAUGACAAGUGUUUGUAAAGUCAUGCUGGAAACUCCGGAGUACAGGAGUAGGUUUACGAGCGAAGAAACACUGAUGUUCUGCAUGAGGGUGAUGGUGGGGGUCAUCAUCCUCUAUGACCACGUGCACCCCGUGGGAGCCUUCUGCAAGACAUCCAAGAUCGAUAUGAAAGGCUGCAUAAAGGUGUUGAAGGAACAGGCCCCAGACAGUGUGGAGGGGCUGCUGAAUGCCCUCAGGUUCACUACAAAGCACUUGAAUGAUGAGUCGACUUCCAAACAGAUUCGAGCAAUGCUUCAGUAGAGCGCUGCUCAAAGAAGAGGAUCUCUGUGCUGACCUCAGAAGAUGUAUAUGUUUACAUAAUUUAAUACAGAUUGAUGUUAAUACUUGUGUAUUUACAUAACCGUUUCCUUCCUGUCACUGAAAUAUAUGGACCUUAAUUUGUAUCCUGACUGACUCAACCCAGCAGAGCAUAAAUUGACUUGAGAGCCUUACCUUUGAUGUCUGCAACGAUACCCCCUUCUCCAAAGGCCAAUUUGGAGAUUUUGAUCUUUGCUACUGGAGUCCUUUAAUGACACCUGUAAAAAUCAGAAAUUCCUAAUAGUUUGUGGUAGUGUUAUAAUUCUAGAUGUGUUAUCUCUCUGGGAAGUAGAGCUUAUAGAAACACAAAGCAUUUGAUUUCCUUUGUCAGCUCAGCUACAAGAAAUACAACUGUUAUCCUGACAGAGGAAGAGAGAAAUCCAGGAAAAGAAAAAAAAAUGCAUGUGGAGAAUCAAACCCAAGUGUUCUGAAUUCAGCACGCCCCCUCUCCUCAGCCUGCAAACUACACGUGCAACUCUUCCAUUUGCACAUGUUUUAUUAAUCAGAAUAUUCACUUUCUGUCUGGGUUUGUGUCCCUCUAACAUACCUUUUACUUUUGCAAGAGGAAAAUCACCUGUAUUUUAAUUGGAUAGUGAAGGAGCAUGGGGGUAGAGAGAUGCGUUCUUACAGCUGGUCUGACAAAGGUGGUUGUCUUUAGAAUAUUCAUGAGAGGUGGCACCAGUCUGCAUAGACCCUCUGCAUACAGGGAUAGAGACAUAAGCUCUGACUUUGAAGUCAUAGGUAAAUUAGCUGAUCUCUGUUGUCUCCAGGUCUGAGGACACAGUUCCUCCUGUUAGGGGAUCCCUGUCUUCUACCCACGUGGACCAUUCAUGUGGGAACAGAAGUCUAGGAUGUGUUUUUAGUUAUCAAAAAACUGGGGGAAUUUAGAGGAAGAAGAUCCACAUUUCUGGUUAACUGGUUUUUAAGAGACAACUCCGUAUUGCUCACAAUUGCCAGAUUGUUGCAGUGGGAAAACUCUGGUCUAAGUACCUGGAUUUAGUCCUUGGCUUACUAAUGAAACAUAGUAUGAUAUUGGGAAGUUUUCUUAGCUCUCUACAUCUCAGCUUCCUCAUCUCUAAAGGGGGCAAUUAAAACAGACAAUCUCCAAGAAUCUUGUUAGUCUAGAAGCUGAUAAAAUGGCUGGCUCUGCCAUCCUUCUUCCUGAGUAGAUGCCAGUCAGCACUGCCCCACUGCCUGCCAACGUUACGAGGCCUAUAGUCAUUCUUCUGCAGAGCAGAGCUAAGUUAGAACAAAAUCUUGGAAGCCUAUCCUGACCUCCAGUGGGAAAAUGAGACCCAGCGUAGGUGGUCAUCCAGGAUGGCUCCAGGUGGGUCUGGAUACCAGGAUGCUUCCCUCCUGAGUCCACAGUCUUCCUUUUCACCGUGUGGCCUGUGAGUUUAUUCUAUGGGAUGGGACUGGACCAUUGUAGAGAAGUACUCAGUCUGGCCUAUUUCCGCCAGAAGAAGAAAUGCCUAAACAGGAAGUGAAUGAUAAUCCUGGAUGUUGGGCCCCGGUCCAUCAGGGUCUGGCAUCAUUUGCAACAUUCCAAGGAAUGAGAUACGUUUGCUUUCUGGACUUUAGUGCCCAGCUGACUUUCCCUUGUAUAUUUGGUACAUACAUACAUUUAUGUUGUCCAAAAAGAGGGGACAAAUGCCUGUUUUGUUUUAUCUUAACAAAGAAAUGCAGUCAAGUGGCAGGAAAUAGUCCCUGGUCUAUGGGUCAAUGUCAGUCAACCGAUGGAGACAAGGCCCUUUUCCUUAGAGUUGUUCAAUAAGCAUGGCUGCUUGGAUGGAGCUUCUCUCAUCAAAAAAGAAAAAUACUAGAUGGACUUCAAGAGCUUUUCAAAACCUAGGAAUUCUAAGACCCCGGAGGAAGCCAGAGAGUGUGGUAAUGCAGGAUGAGCAAAGUCCUUAAAUAUUUAGCCUAAGUGACAUCCUGCAUGGCAGCCAGGGCUUUGUGUGGACAGAUACUGUACAGAGUUCGCAGCGCUUAUCAUCACUAUGAGCAGAUUAAAGUUUGAAGAGAAGAAAGGAUUUGCCCGUCACCAUGGGGCUCUUGAGGCACAGACCCAGGGACUUGAACCCAAGCCAUGUGUCCACACCACAGCUGCCUCUCAGCCAGCUAAAUGAAAAAAAAAUGUUAGGGAUUAUCUGUCAAAUAUUAUAUAUAUAUAUAUAUAUAUAUAUAAAUAGUUGAGCACAUUUAUAAUUUUUAAUUAGACUUUCUAUCAAAUGGGACCAAACAUAUGUAUGGGCUGCUGGCCUGCUUCAGUUUAGCGGGGCCACCUUGUCUCACAGUUGAGACUCAGCACAUGGAUUCUGGGAUAUCCAGGGUCUGAAUUGUUGCCUCUGAUCAUCAGGAGGACAGGCUAAAUGUCUGUGAUCACUACCUGGAGAUGGGCCUCAGGUCCACCCCAGAGCUGCUGUGGGAGACAAAUUGUCUUAACAGACUGUCCUCCAGGCAUCAAGAGCCCAUGAACAAUCAGUUUGUUUGUGCUGCAUGCACACACGUCCAAGACUUGUGGGUGGGUUAGGGGAAAAUGCUAGCGACAGUGUCAAUGUCAAUGUUAACUAUCUUUCGUAUUUGAUGUCUCAUAGUUUUCAAAUAAACAGUGUUUUCCAUGACUCAGAUAUUUAUUUUGGGGCAAACAACAACAUAAAAAUUAUGUUUCUCAUAUAUAUUCCUGUCCUGGCAUUUUAACUCUGUUCUAAGAAAACUUUUAUGUGCCACGAGGAAUGAAUGUUUAAAAAAAAAAAAAGGUAGAAAUAGAUGUUUUGAAUAGUACUGACCCAUUGGGUCUGGAAUAUCACCCAGAAAGAAGACCAUGGAUAUUAUCUUUUAAUUAUUAGUUAAUAUCAUGCUCCAUCAAUAUUUGCUCUUAGUCAUCACCAUUAUAUCAAGGCAUUAAGAAUAAACCUAGGAUUUUGAUACAUCAUCACAUUUAAGGAAAAAGAGUCUCAUUCUUUCUCAAAAGAAAAAUAAGGACCACAAAUCUUGGGAUUCAGUUGUGCAAUAGAGUUCAGGGACUUCUCAUUCGUUCAUUCUUGUAUGCUAGAUAGCUACAGGAAUUUUAUUUCAAGAGCAUAAAACUUUAGAUCCCAGUUUUUCCAGCACAUCUGUAAAGGCUGUUGCAUACCCAAAGCUGUUUUAAAGUUGUUAUAUGUUGUUUGCUGAAGUCAUUGUAAUUUUUUUUUUUUUGCCUACUUUGCCUCUUUUUGUACAGAAGUUUUGAGUGUGAAGUGAAAAUUAAAGUUUGGUACAUACAUAUAUUUAAAAAAAAAUACACCUUUAUGUUAUAUGA